AUAAACGAAGAGUUUCUUUUACAGAGACUUUUUAUUGCCUUAUUUGGUCACGGAUUUUGCUCCUACAUGAGAUUAACUAUGUUUAGAAAGGUAAGCAGUAACUUAAAUAAUUCAGCUGCCAAACUUCCCACCCAGGUAAUGCGCCAUGGUUGCGCCUACUUCGAUGAGGAGCGAAACAGCCCUGGCAGGAUUCUCACCAAGAUUAUAAACGACUCAUCAAGCUUGAAUAAAAUUAUGGAACAGAAACUUGAUCUUUUGAUUCCGGCUAUCAUUUGCCCAGCAUUCUCCUUCAUUGCUGCGAUGUAUAUCAACUGGAAAAUGGCUCUUUUAUGCUCAUUUCAAUUUCCCGCCUAUUUUAUCAUUCGAAUUGUGCAAAUCAAGGAGGGAACAAAGAGGCAGAGAGAAAUGGUCAACGAGGAAAAUAACGCAGCAAAUCUAGCCACUAUUGUGCUUUCAAACAUGAGCACAAUUAAGGCAUACAAUUUGCAAGAACAUUUCUACUCCAUUUUUACCAAAACUUUGGAGCCGCUUGCCAGGUGA